GUGUGCACGAGACAGGUCACAAUGCAAAAUCUACAGUAAUACAACCAAGCAGUCCCCCUUUACAGAGCACAGAUGAUGUUUGUACAAGCUCUGAAGACUUGUGUUGUCAAUCAUAUGACUUUGCCUUUCAAAGCCAUGAGUGUAAGUAACUGUGAAAAUGAUGAUUACACUCCCUUGAGCAGUUUGUGUCACUUUUUGGCAGCCAGUGGUAGGAGUGAACAUUUAAGUGAAUGUGAAAUGAAUGACACUGAUACACCUGAGCAAAUUUAUUCUUACUCAGAUGGUAUCAUCGAGUCUGUAGAAGAUCAACAAUCCUUAGCCUAUGUAACAGGCUAUGUACUAAAAGCCAUAGACGUACCAGAUGAUUGUGAAACAUGUAAUAGCAGUCUCUACUCCUCUGUUGUGACUGAAAAUCAUUUGUUUACCUCAUUUAAAGAGAACAGUGAUGAGCAUUCACAUUUGAAAUAUGCAAGUGAAAGAGUCAUGAUUUUCCUAAGGGCACUCCAUGAUCAGCUGUAUGAGUAUCUAAAUAGUCAUGGUCACACAACAAGACUACAUGAUAAUUUUAAAAAAGCAUUUGUUCUGUCUCAUACAACAAUUUGUAAUAAACAUGACAUUGAAGAGAGACUUCUGAAAACAAGUAUUCCAUUUAUAAUAUACAAGUAUGUGAAAGAAAAGAAAUUUACAAACAAGAGAAAAUUGUGUAUGCAACAACUUAAAAAGAAGUUCAAAUCAUGUUAAAAUACUUUGUAUUUUGUUUAUUAUGUGUACAAUGAGGGAAGCUCCCUAUAUAUAUACAAAUGUUGAGAAUUACAUGUUCUUGUAUAAAAAUCAUGCCUUUGAUUUGUUAUGACAAAAUCUGGUAAUUCAGCAGGAACAUAACUUAACACUUUCUAGAUGUCAUGAUUGGAUUCUAAGAGUAUAAUGAAUAAAGUGCUGUCAAGGGGAAUUUGUGUUAAUUUUCAGUAGUGUACCAAACAAAGUUUUCA